AAGAAGGCAAAACUCGAGGCCCCGAAGUUCACCGGGAAGGAGGACCCAGAAAUUCACGUCAAACUCUCCAUCAGAGCGGGCGGAUGAUGGGUCUUUCCGGGGAUGAGAAAUGUUUGCUUUUCUUUCAAACCCUUCGCGGCCGCGCCGCUGAGUGGUUUCAUAACUUACCGGCUGGUGAAAUCGAUUCUUUCGAUGAACUGGCUGAGGUGUUUCAAGAAAAGUUCAAAGAAAACUGUACCAAGAGGAAAAAUUUUACCUACUUGAGUACAGCCGGGCAGCGAGAGCACGAAGAUCUGACAAAAUUCCUCACCCGGUGGAAGGAUGAGGUUGACAAGGUGGAAGAGAUGGAUGACAAAACAGCCAUGUCCCUCCUUGUGUCCGGACUCCGAUCCGGAGAGUUGUAUAAUGAAUUCUGUAGGAGGCCUCCCCAGUCCUACCAAGAGGCCUAUAACACAGCCUGGGAUUAUGCUGACGCUGAAGCACAGGUGUCAUCUAAGAGGGAGGCCGAGCAGGGCCAUUCAAAGGAAAAAAUUUCCUUGAAAAAGGAAAUUGCACUGCCCGGUAAGAUAAGAGCAGAAGUAAUGGAGGUAAAGCCGGUCAAAUCUGAAAAGAAACCGACCGGCGAAAAACAAUGGACGGAGAAGUAUUGCUCCUUUCACAAAACUGAUUCCCAUAACACUGCAGAGUGUAACAGUGUGAAAGGAGUAAUAAAACAGAUGAUUGAGGCCGGUGAGAUUGAUCCGGAAUAUUUGGCUCAGGCCAAGCAAAAGAAGAACCAAUGGGUCAGACCUGAAGGACAACCGGCCGAGCAAAACAAAAAGAAGAAAACAGCCGGUAAGGAGCACUUGCAAGUCAUCUACGGCGGACCAGAAGGGGGAGACUCUGCUUCCCAAAGGAAGAAGUGGGGACGGGAACUCUACGUUGGUACGGUGGCCCUAAAUCCCUGGUCGAAACAAGCGAGACGGGAACCAAUCACUUUUACUGACCGCGACCUUCCCGCCACCGGAGAAGAUCACAAUGACCCCCUGGUGAUAACUAUGGACAUGGGUGGAGUUGAUGUCUCCCGGGUACUCGUUGACACGGGCAGUAGUGUUAACGUAUUGUACUUAGAUGCAUUUAAGAAGCUCAAGUUGUGUCGGACACGGCUUGAGCCCUUAAAGACUCCCCUCUCUGGGUUUACCGGGGACUCAGUCGAAGCUGAAGGGUCGAUCCUUCUAACCUGUGAACUGGGCACGGGCGACCAGGUCGUCCAAAAACAAAUGAGGUUUGUGGUCGUGAACAUCAAUUGUGUUCACAAUGCCAUUCUGGGCCGGCCUGGAAUAAACAAAGUCCGUGGGGUCAUCUCCAUGGCUCAUCUCUGUAUGAAAUUCUAUACCCCGGGCGGUAUAGGACAAGUCAGAGGGGAUCAAAAGAAGGCCCGGCAUUGCUAUUUGGAAGCUGUAAAGAAAAUGACAAAGGCGUUUGAGAGAGUCACUUUGGUCUCUCAGGAGGAAGACCGGUCGAAACUAGAACCAGGCGAUGAAACCGAGCAGAUUGUUCUACGGGAAGCUUUCCCAGAAAGAAUGGUACGAAUUGGAAGAGAUCUGCCCGGAGGACUUCGAGAUGAAAUCAUCUCAGUUCUUCGGGAAUAUGCAGAUAUUUUCGCCUGGAGUGUGGCGGACAUGCCGGGCAUUGACCGCUCUGUUAUAUGCCAUCGUUUGGCUGUGAUGGAAGGGAGCUGGCCUGUGAAACAGAAGAAGAGGCACUUGGCAAACGUCCGGAGGGACUUUGUGAAAAAAGAGGUGAAGGAUUUGUUGGCGGUCGGGCACAUACGGGAGGGUCAAGCUUUGGCAGACUUCCUCGUCGAACUGACCGGUCUAGAGCCCGAAGCCGGACCUUCCCAUACGGUCGAACCAUGGUGGGACAUGGCCGUUGAUGGGGCCUCUGGACCGAAGGGAUGCGGGGCCGGCGUAGUCUUCACUACCCCGGAAGGGUUCAAGAUCUACCAUGCCUUAGUUUUAAAUUUCAAACUCACUAAUAAUGAGGCUGAGUAUGAGGCAUUGGCCGGUGGCCUCAGAUUAGCCCGGUCUCUCGGGAUAAAAAGGAUGAAGAUCCGUUCCGAUUCAAGUCUGGUUGUCGGACAAGUCAAUGGUGAGAUGGAAGUAAAGGAAGAUCGCCUGGCCCGGUAUAGUGACCUGGUCCGAGCACUCCUAAGGGAGUUAGAAGAGUUUCGUCUGACUAGGAUACCCCGGUCAGAAAACGCUGAUGCAGAUAUGCUUUCAAAAUUGACGCAAGCUUGCCCAGAGCAUGUGUCAAAGUUGGCGAAAAUUGAGAUACUGGACGUGCCGAGUACAGACCGGUUUGAAGUCGCGGCCAUCCAACCGGGCCGGACUUCAGCGAUCGGGAUAAUCGAGGCAGAUGAUGACUGGAGAUAUGAACUCAUGGAGUAUCAAGAGACCGGUCAGAAGCCAGAUGACGAGGAACGAGCCAGGAAAGUAGUCCUACGGGCUCCACGUUUCCAGGUAAUCGAUGGUCAUCUAUACAAACGUGCCAUUGGCGGACCACUCUUGCGUUGCUUGACCAACCCGGAGGCUGAACGGGUAAUAGCUGAGAGAUGUAGAACGUGCCAGGUUUUUUACAAACAUCCCGGCAGACCGGCCACUUAUUACCAACCAACCUCUAAUGUCAUACCAUUUGCCCGGUGGGGAAUUGACAUUAUUGGAGCCUUCCCGGUUGCCCAAGGCGGAAAGAAAUUCGUGAUGGUGGCUAUUGAUUACUUCACUAAAUGGAUCGAGGCUGAGGCGAUGGCCACCAUAACCGUACGGCAGUGUGAGAAAUUUGUUUGGAAGAACAUUAUCACCCGGUUUGGUGCCCCAAAAAUCAUUGUCACCGACAACGGUCCACAGUUUCGCAACCCCCGGUUCACUGCAUACCUUGCUAGCUACGGGGUCAAGCAUAGCAAGGCAUCGGUACCAUAUCCACAGGGGAAUGGCCAAGUCGAAAACGCCAACCGGACAAUUGUGGACGGUCUGAAAAAGAGACUGGGUGAGGAAGGACACAAAUGGUUGGAAGCCUUACCUCAUACGGUCUGGGCGCAUAGAGUGACUUCAAGAAGAGCAACUGGAGAGACUCCUUUCGUGCUCACUUACAGAUGUGAAGCCCGGCUACCAGUGGAGGCAGAACUUCCAACAUUUAGGGAAGCCGUGUACCAGCCCGGUCAGAAUGAGGUCGACCACCUCGCUGAGCUGAACCUGGUGGAAGAACGAAGGACCACAGCAGCUGUCAAGAUGACCGGUUACCAGCAGUCAGUAAAGCGGUAUCAUGACAACCGGGUAGGCCCGCGAUAUUUCCAAGUGCAUGAUGAAGUUUUGCGCAGAAGGGAUGCUAGUAAGCCUAAUGAGAGGGGCAAGCUGGUACGUAACUGGGAAGGGCCCUAUCGCAUAAAAGCAAUCGUCAGACCAGGCACUUACCAAUUGGAAACUAUGGAAGGUAGCCGGGUCGACCGACAUUGGAACUCUCACCACUUACGUAAAUUUUUUAGAUAAAGUGUAAUGAGUUCCCGGUCAUUAACGAAACUUUGUUCUUUUCAGAAAGAUUGUUCGCAUACAUCAACCGGUAAUUCGUCACAUGACAAUCUACCCGGUUAGAUGUCCAAUCGAACUGGGCAUCUCAAAAAAAAAGAGAGACCGGUCUGACCGAUCCAACACCUCAUCCGUACUGACACGAGAAUUAGAAACGAUUUGGCUUAACUAAAGGGAGAGCAUCCCG